CGUCCUUUCAGUCCCAAGCGCCAGUUCGGGCAGAGCCUUUGCAGAGGGAGGAGCACUGCUUGAGAGCUCCCCUCUCCCUCCUCAAUUUUGGACUUUCUUUGCUCAACUGUAAUGGGACAGGCACUCAGGAGCAGGAAGACGAACUUUGGAUUAGGCCCUCUUCCUCGAACACAGGACAGGGUAGCAGAUGGAUGUUCUGUCACCAUUGGGUCAGACUGGAAACGCAGAUAGGGACUCCCCUCGGGUAGCUGCUGCUGCUGCUGGUUAAAUCUCCUGGGUCAGGGUUGAUGUCCUCUGGAGACUCCCUUGGGAUCACGUUCUGGCGAUUGGAUGCAUGGAUCCAGAAGAAGAAGAAACAGCAGCUAGUCUUCUUUUCCCAUCUCGAUUUCAGUGUUAAACAGACAGCGAACCACGAGGACAAAUGGCUGGAGUACUUUCAGCAGUGACAGCUCUUCUGGUGAUGUCCAUGACUUCAAAAGCAUUUGAAAUGGAGCUUGUGCCAUCUGGCAAGGUGGCUGCACAAAUCGGCAAGGAGCUGGUGCUAAAGUGCCACACAACAGGCUGUGCGGAGACCCCACAAUUCUCUUGGAGAGCCCAGAUGGACUUCCCUUUAGGAGGAGCCACACACACUGAAGGGAGCAGCUCAUAUUUAACCAUGAAGAAUGUUGGCUUUGAGAAUGAGCAUGACUAUCUUUGCAAUGCUUUUUGUGGAAUGCAAAAAAAGGAAAAGAGGGUCAAGAUUGACAUUUACUCAUUCCCCAGCAAUCCUGUUAUUGAGUUCAGCGACCCACUCAUCCUUGGGAAAGAAGUGACUGUUUCCUGUAGUGUUCCCUCUGUGUAUCCUUCUGAAUACCUGGAGAUAACUCUGAAGAAAGGAGAGGAAACCAUUGUUCACAAAGAAUUUUAUGAUGACGACUUCUCCAGAUCUCUACAGACAAAAACAGUGACAAAAAGCUUUACUCCCACUGAGGAGGAUACUGGGGAAAAAAUCACAUGCAUAGCUGAGUUGCCAAUAGAGGAAAUGGAAUUUGAACCCAAGUUCAGGCAACAAACACAUGUACUUGAUGUCGCCUUUGGCCCACGGAAUACUCGCAUUACUGCACCUGCAGGCACAACCCUACUGGAGAAGGAGGCCUUGACACUCAGCUGCACAACUGACAGUAAUCCACCAGCAAGGGUUGUCUGGAAGAAGCAGCUGGCCGAUAACACUGUCCAGCUCAUUGCAGAGGGUGGCACUCUUUCUAUUCCAAGUACUCAGUUCCACGACUCUGGAACCUACAUCUGUGAAGUCAAAAAUGCAGUAACCAAUGAGAUCAAGGAAGAGUCCAUCUCUAUACAAGUUUUUUCAUCAACUACACCAGCACUGACUAUGACUAGUCAACCAGAGCACCAUAGUACUCCACAUCCAGAAACUGGUAUCAAAAAUGGUCAGCUGAAAGAUGGAACUUCGCCAGCACCAACAGUCACAAUCUUAACUGUUCAACCAGAUGAAGUAACUGAGAUGGAAGAUUUCACUUUUAAGAGUACAGCAUAUAGUACUCCAUAUCAAGUGACUGAUAAAAAUGACCAACUGGAAGACGAAACUUGGGCAGCACCAACAGUCACAAUCUUAACUGUUCAACCAGAACAUGUUACACAGCAAGAGCUGGAAGAUAAAACUUCCUUGGCACCAAAGGACACAGUUGUCACAUUGUCCAGAACAUUAACACAUACUACAAACUCAUAUGCCGUGGAUGAGUCUGAGAACAGUGGAAAUGCUACAGAGGAGUUCAUUCUCACAACAAAAGUUGAAGAACCAGAUCGCAUGACUUCAGUGAUCAUCGUGGUUUCAUCUUUAGCAACAGUGACAGGAUCCAUGGUAGCAAUAUUGGUUUACCUGUCAAGGAAGGGAAAGCUCAAUGGAAAAUACAGUCUUGUAGGCUCAUCGAAAGAACAAGUGUGAAGAAACAGCAACUAUGCAUUUUCUAUGUUGUUUUCAGGUGGACAAUUUUGUGUAUUGUUCUGAAUAUUUGGAUCACUUUUCUCACUGUACUUCCAUUAAGGUGCAUUGAUUCUCCCUGCUUUGAAAAGGACAUACAGUGGGUCAAAGUUAUGCACUUUAACAUAUUGGAGUAGGGGGAUACUGCCCAUAGAUGAAUAAUGUGUUUGUGGCACCGUAUUCAUUCAGGUAUCCCAUUCUCCUCUAUUUGUGCAAAUCACAACUCUAGCAGUUUCAUUAAGCUACUGAAUAUGUGAAGUGUAAUUCUGUGAAUUAUCAGCAACAUCACCAGACCCCAAGAGUCAAACUGGUAUAAAGCUGACAUAUGUUUGUGAUGCAGAUAUGCCCUGUGAGUUUUAUUCUAGAUAAAUAAAACUCCGACCUGCUUCUAAAAGAGCUUCAUGGUAUAUGGAAGAACUAUGGGAGCUGAAGCGACUAGGCAAAUGACUAGUGCACAAGUGGAGAAGGAGUCUGCUCAAAUCUUACCAGGGUGUAAGUCUCACUUCACUCUGUGGGACUUGCAUCUGAAUAAAUAUGCUUCUCAUCAUACUACACAGUAUUCUCCCCAUACUAAGUUAAACUAAUAAGUUGGAGUUAUAACAUAUUAUUGUUGCUGUUGUUAUUAUUAUUACUAUUAAUAUUAAUAUUAUUACAAAUAUUUAUAUACCGCUUUUCAUCAAAAAAAGAAGAGUUCUUGAAGCGGUUUACACAGUAAAAGGUAUGAUGAAAUAUUCCCUGUCCCAAGGGCUCACAUUCAAAACAACAAACUGCUCCCCACCCUACCCACACACACACACCCCACACACAACACCAGCAACCGCUCCUGGAGAGAUGUUUUGCUGGGCUGAUUAGGAACAAUUACUCUCCCCACUGAUAAAUAAAAGAGAACAACCACUUAAAAGGUGCCUCUUUGUCCAGUUAGCAGAGGUAAUUUCGGGAAAGCAGAUCCCUUUAGAAUACAAAACAACUAAAAGGACACUGAAGUCUGUCAAAAGUAAUUAGCUGCACACAGGGGCAAGUGGUGCUUCCUUUCCACAUAAGGCACUAUGUCCUUGCUUUUAAAAGUAUUUUGAUACCCCCACCCCCAAGCUCAUGUUUUUGGUACUUCUGUUGUUUUGUAUAUUAAUAUUUAAAUCUGUUUAAAUUACAGAGUUUUCUACUGUGAAAUAGAAUAUUGAUGUUUACGUUUCCUUGUUCUCAUCUGUUAAUCCUUGUUUCCCUAAACUGCAAGGUAACUAGAAUGCUGUAAAUUAUGUAUGUUUGAUUUUGUAAAUAAUAAUAAAAAUCACAUCCUUGGCUUUAA